AUGAAAUUUACUUUAAUCACAGUGUUAGUCUUAUUAUUAAUGAAAAAGGCAAAAACUGUUAUGGCUGAUCUAAAAUUUAUGUAUGAUUUGGUUGUUGUUGGUGGAGGCUCUGGAGGGAUGGCAGCUGCAAAAGAGGCAGCUAAGUAUGGCAAGAAGGUAGUAUUAUUUGAUUAUGUAAAGCCUUCUACUCAAGGCACAAAGUGGGGGUUAGGAGGGACAUGUGUGAAUGUAGGAUGUGUACCAAAGAAACUUAUGCAUUACUCAGCAUUGAUAGCUAGUAGUAUUCAUCAUGAUGCUCCAGUAUAUGGACAUAAGAUAAGCUCUAACUUUGAAUGGGAAAAAUUGAUAGAAACUGUGCGAAAUCAUGUAAGAAUGCUCAACUUUAGCUAUCGCACAGGACUACGCGUAGGAAAUGUUGAGUAUAUAAAUGCAUUAGCGAAAUUAAUUGACGCUCACUCUGUUGAGUAUGAAAUUAAUGGUCAGAAGAAUGUAAUUACUUCUAAAUAUAUUCUAUUAGCGACAGGAGGUCGACCCAAUGUCCCAGAAACAGUUCCGGGAGCCAUACAAUAUGCAAUUACCUCCGAUGACAUUUUUUAUCUUCCCAAAGGUCCGGAAAAGACUCUAAUAGUAGGUGCAUCCUAUAUUGGUCUAGAAACAGCAGGGUUCUUAAAUGAACUGGGUUUCGAUACAACUGUCGCAAUGAGAUCGAUACCUUUAAGAGGGUUUGACAGGCAGUGCUCUGAAAAAAUUGUUGAAUACAUGAAGUCAAUAGGAACUAAGUUUCUUGUUGGAGUAGUCCCAAUUAACAUUGAGAAGACAGAUGAGGGAAAUCUCAAAGUAUCUUUUAGCGACGGUUCAACUGAAGAGUUUAACACCGUUUUAUAUGCAACAGGUCGUAGCCCUGAUGUAAAAGGUCUAAAUUUGGGGGCAGUUGGGGUAGAAGUUUCGGAUUCCGGUAAGAUUGUUGCUCCGGAAGAUGCCACUUCUGUUCCAAGUAUAUUUGCUGUAGGAGACAUUGUAGAGGGAAGACCAGAAUUGACUCCAGUUGCUAUCAAAGCUGGAGUCCUUCUGUCAAGAAGGCUUUUCGCCGAAUCAGAUGAAUUCAUUGACUAUGAUUUUAUCCCUACUACUGUGUUUACACCUAUUGAAUAUGGACAUGUUGGUCUCUCGUCUGAAGCUGCAAUUGCAAAAUAUGGUGAGGACGACGUCGAAGAGUACCUUUCUGAGUUUAGUACUCUUGAAAUAGCAGCUGCACAUAGGGAAAAACCAGAACACCUUCGUGAAAAUGACAUGGAUUUUGCGCUUCCUUUAAACUGUUUAGCAAAGCUUAUUACAGUUAAGAGUCAAGGCGAAAAGGUAGUUGGGUUUCAUUUUGUUGGGCCCAAUGCCGGGGAAAUUACUCAAGGAUUUUCGCUUGCAAUCAAACUUGGAGCAACCAAGAAAGAUUUUGACGAUAUGAUUGGAAUCCACCCAACUGAUGCAGAAGCAUUCGGCAUUCUAGAAGUUACAAAAAGAUCAGGAGAAUCAUUUGUUGCUUCUGGGGGAUGUGGUGGCGGAAAAUGCGGAUAA